AUGGAUUUUUCAGAGCUCACAGCAAUGACAACAAUACGUCCGCCGAGCGGUCCAUCAUUUCCUGAUAAAAUGAUCAAUCCAAUAUUUCCUCCAAGCUCUAAUCCAACAAUAAAUGGGUUGCCUCCUCCAAUUUUUCCACCAAAUUCCGGGACAUCAUCCGCUCAAUUUAAUCAACCAGCCUUUCCACCAACAUCGAUGAAUCAAUAUAAUCCAAGUCCAACUCCGCCAGUACAAUCAUCAAAUACGUAUAAUACAACAAUAAAUCCUAUUCUACCGCCACAACAACAAUAUCAACCGACAUUGAUGAAUCAAUAUAAUCCCAGUCCAACUCCGCUAUCACAAUCAUCAAAUACGUAUAAUACAACAAUAAAUCCUAUUCUACCGCCACAACAACAAUAUCAACCGACAUUGAUGAAUCAGUAUAAUCCCAGUCCAACUCCGCUAUCACAACCAUCAAAUACAGCAGUAAAUCCUAUCCUACCAUCACUGCAACAAUAUCAACCAACAUCGAUGAAUCAAUAUAAUCCAAGUCCAACUCCACCAUUGCAAUCAUCAAAUACAGCAGUAAAUCCUACCCCACCAUCACAACAGUACAAACCACCAUUGAUGAAUCAAUAUAAUCCAAGCCCAACACCACCAAUACAAUCAUCAAAUGCAGCAGUAAGUCCUACUCCACCACCACAACAAUAUCAACCACCAUUGAUGAAUCAAUAUAAUCCAAGCCCAAUACCACCAAUACAAUCAUCAAAUACGUAUAAUACAACAACAAAUCCUACUCCACCACCACAACAAUAUCAAUCAACACUGAUGAAUCAAUAUAAUCCAAGUACAGCACCAUCAAUACAAUCAUCAAAUGCAGCAGUAAAUCCUACUCCACCACCACAACAACAAUAUCAACCAACAUUGAUGAAUCAACAUAAUCCAAGUCCAACUCCGCCAUUACAAUCAUCAAAUACGUAUAAUACAACAGUAAAUCCUAUUCUACCACCACAACAACAAUAUCAACCAACACUGAUGAAUCAGUAUAAUCCCAGUCCAACUCCGCUAUCACAAUCAUCAAAUGCAGCAAUAAGUCCUACUCCACCACCACAACAAUAUCAACCAACAUUGAUGAAUCAAUAUAAUCCAAAUCCAACUCUACCAGUGCAACCAUCAAAUACAUAUAAUACAAGAGUAAAUCCUACUCCACCACCAUUACCAUCAACAAACCAUUAUAAUCCACCUCCGAAUUAUCAACCUACAACAACAGCUCAGAGUCCAUCUCCACAUAUUCGUCCAAUGUAUCCCUCGCCAUCAUCUGCAUAUCGUGCUCAACUGCAACAACCACAAAAUAUUCCACAAAUGACGAAUCAAAAUUCUCAACCACCACCAACUAAUCCUUUUCCUCAAUAUGGUGCCAAUUCAAAUAUUCCUCCAAAUACUACUCCUCUACCAACCUAUCCAGGACAACCACCUAUGCCUUAUACAACGAGUAGUAAUACAUCAGAAAAUACUAAUCAAAAACUUAAUAAUAUCAAUGGUUCUUUCGCCAAUAAUACAAAUAAUAUAAUUGAUUUGCUCAAAGAAAAAAGUGUUGUGAGUCCAUUCGCUGAAGAACCACCGAUAUCACCAUUAUUAACUGAAGAAACUCAACAAAUGAAUUGUAGUCCAGAAGUUAUGCGAUGUAGUCUUAAUGUAAUACCACAAACAAAAGAUUUAUUAAAUAAAACUCGUCUUCCACUUGGUGUUCUAAUUCAUCCAUUUAAAGAUCUUGAUAGUUUAAAUGUAGUUCAAGGUACCAAAAUAGUUCGAUGUGAUGGAUGUAAAAGUUAUAUUAACCCAUUUGUUACAUUCGUAAAUAAUACACAAUGGCGUUGUAGUAUCUGUUUUCGUACAAAUGAAUUACCACAAGAAUUUCUAUUUGAUCCAACAACAAAAACCUAUGGUGAUCCAAGUCGACGCGCAGAAGUUCGUUUUGGUACUGUAGAAUAUGCUGCAACAUCAGAUUAUAUGGCUCGACCACCUCCACCAGCAAUGUAUUUAUUUUUACUUGAUGUAUCACAUAAUGCUAUUCAAACAGGCUAUCUUCAAUCAUUUUGUGAUAUUUUAUUUGAGAAUUUAAGUAGUUUACCAGGUGAUGCACGUACACAAAUAGGUUUUAUAACAUAUGAUAGUCGAAUACAUUUUUAUGAUUUAUCUGAUCGACAAAAUGGUACAUUUCGUAUUAUGGUUGCACCAGAUUUAGAAAAUAUUGAAAAUAAAUUAGAUGAAUUUCUUCCUGUACCUGAUGGUUUAAUGGUUACAUUAAAUGAUUGCCGAGCAAUAGUUGAAAUAUUUCUUAAUGAAUUACCAAAAGUUUAUCAAAAUAAUUCCGAAACUGAUUCAGCAUUAGGUACAGCUCUUUUAAUAGCUGGAAAAUUACUUCAUCAAACCGGUGGACGAGUUACUGUUAUGCAAACACGUAUACCGAAUAUUAAUCCUGGCAGUUUAAAUAGUCAAAUAGCAAAAGAACCAACAGUUAUUACACCAACAUCAGAUUUUUAUAAAAAACUUUCACUUGAUUAUGCAUCACAACAGAUUGCUUGUGAUUUAUUUCUUCUUAAUAGUCAUUAUAUUGAUUUAACAACAUUAAGUUGUGUAUCAAAAUAUUCUGGUGGUGAAGUUAAAUAUUAUCCAGGUUUUCAUUCUGUUCAUACACCAGAUGAAGUUGAACGUUUUGAAAAUGAUUUAAGACGUUAUUUACAACGAAAAAUUGGAUUCGAAGCUGUUAUGCGUUUACGAACACCACCAGCUCUUUCAAUUCAAGCAUUUUAUGGAAAUGGUUUUGUUCGUUCUGUUGAUUUACUUGUUUUACCAAAUAUAAAUCCUGAUGCGGCAUUUGGUAUGCAAGUAGCUAUUGAAGAUUCAUUAGCUCAAUAUAAAUCAGUUACAUUACAAAUUGCACUUCUUUAUACAUCAAGCAAAGGUGAAAGACGAAUUCGAGUACAUUCACUUUCAUUACCAGUUAGUGCAGCUAUAAAAGAUAUAUAUGCAUAUGCAGAUCAAGAAGCAAUGUUUGCAUUAAUUGCAAAAAUGGCUGCUGAUCGUUCAACAACAUCAUCUAUACAAGAAGCACGAGAAGCUAUGUGUAAUGUUGCUUGUGAUAUUAUUAAAGCAACUAUGUCGAAUACUUCAUCGAAUCGAACAGUUUCACUUUAUGUACCUUAUGCAAUACGAAGUUUACCUUUAUAUAUGUUAAGCAUGAUUAAAUCAACAGCAUUUCGUGCUGCUAGUGGAGCAAAAAUGGAUGAUCGAGCAUAUUAUAUAGAUUUAUGUAAAACAUUACCAACACAAUAUUUAAUGCAAAUAUUUUAUCCAGAUCUUUAUCCAAUUCAUACAAUUGAAGAUACGAGUCAAGUUAUUCGAGAUGGUGACGAUGAAUUAUAUAUUCCUGCACGUGUCCAAUUAUCUUUUCAACAUAUUGAUUCGCAUGGUGCUUAUAUACUUGAUGCAAGUGAAUAUAUUUAUGUUUUUAUUGGUAAAGCAAUAAGUGAUCAUUUUGUACAAAAUGUUUUUAAUCUUCAAACAUUUUCUGCAUUACCAUUUGAUUCAUAUACAUUACCAGCAAUGGAUAAUUCAUUAUCAAUAAAAAUUCAUAAUUUUUUAACUUAUCUUAUACAAAGUCGAUCACAUGGUGUUGCAGUACAUAUUAUGAGAGAGGAUUCACCUAAUCGAUAUUUAUUUACACGUUAUCUUGUGGAUGAUAGAUCCGAAUCAACAAUGUCUUAUGUGGAAUUUUUACGAUAUAUUCGUGAACAGAUUGGAAAAUAA